AUGCCGAACAACCAAGUCACAGCAAAGGACGUUGAUGUAGUCCAAGGCAGAAUAUUUUGGUUACCAGCAGAGGGGGACUUGCCAAGGCAGGCGGUGAAGAGAGCACGUGGCGCAGGCGUUGUCGAGGGCAUCUAUGGGCAUCCAGUUGUUGUGGUUUCGAGGCCUGCAGAAGAUAGCCACAUAGCUCAUUUCCAAGUUAUCUCCUCACGGCACCGAAGAACACUUGGCGACCUAUACAACAAGUCAAACGAAUUCCAUAUCACCCUACACACCUCAUAUCUACCGAUAGCGCCAUCGCCAGAUCAUUCACACGGAAGUCUGAGAAAGACUAUGAAGCGAUCUUCAACUCUGCAAUUAGCCAACGGCGCUCGACUGCAAUUGGAUUCACAUGUAAAUAUCCGAAACGUUUACAAAAUCGACUGGUCGCUCUUGAAAGAGUAUACAAAUCCAGAGACCCCGGACGUCAAACAAUUUUACUUCGAUCGUGAGUCGACAACACGGCUGUUGGCCAAAUCCGCCAUCCUCACCACAUACGAACCGGGUGCGCAGCAUCAAACACUUUCCUCGCAAACUCUGGAGAGCACAUGUUUGAGUUCUGAUGUUUCAGAUAUGAUGCCUGCGCUGCAAAGAUCGAUCUCGGAGCCCACAUGGGUAUUAGCAGAUGAUGUUCGAACAGUCAGUGGUCGAAGGUACUCAGAGUCGGACAUUUGUUCUGCAAAAUCAUUUAGAUACUCAGGGGCUUGCAACUCUUCGUCGAGCCUUCAAUCACGAGUCGAUGAGCAUGAAUUUCUAAGCAGUUCUAUGUCAGAAACCCAAAAAGAUACAGUGGGUGAAACGGCGACACAUGGUCCAUCGAUAUGGAACAUGAAGCACCCAUUGGAUUGCUUGUGGAGACACGUCACUGAUGGUUUUAAAAGCACUACCAUAACACGAAGCCAUCUCAAGAGACGCGAGAAGAGCCAGUUGUGGGUGAAUGCGAAGGGUGUAGUGGCAGUAAUAAUAGCUUCAAUAUAG